AUCAAAUCAUCAUGGGCGGCCAUGUCGGAGUCCACGUCGGCUUCGUAAACCGGGUCCCAUUUAAUCGCGUUCCUUGUUCCUACUACCAGUACCACUCACCACGACAAUAAUGGCUCCUCACCGCCGCGAAGAAGAGGCCCUCUCUACCUUUCGGAAGCAGCUCUUUGACGAGGAUAUCCUGCAUGAGGGAGACUCCAUUGGUACGGACGAUGAGACGCUUCUGAGAUUUCUGCGGGCCAGGAAAUUUAAUUUGAAGCAUGCGAAACAGAUGUUUCGCGAUUGCCAAGAGUGGAGGGCUUCGGUGGAGGGUGCGGGUAUCGAUGGGCUGUACAGGGAGAUCGACCCGUUCGAUUAUCCUGAACGCGAAGCCAAAGGACGUCCGAUAAACGUCCACUUCUUUGGAAAUCUUGAUAUACCAAAGCUGUACAAGGAAUGUACACCUGAAAAACACUGGCAAACUGUCCUCGUAAACUGCGAGUCUUUGACGCGGGAAGUCAUCCCCGCUGCUUCCAGGGCAGCCGGAAAGCCCAUAGGCACAGUCCUCGUCAUAGUCGAUCUCAAAGGCUUUGGAUUGAGUCAAUUCUGGCAAAUGAAAUCCCUCGCUCGGAGUUCUUUCCAAGUUUCUCAAGACUACUAUCCCGAAACGAUGGGCCAGCUCGCAAUUAUAAACGCUCCCUCAUCUUUUACUUUCAUCUGGUCCGUGAUCAAGCCGUGGUUGUCGAAGGAGACUUGCGAAAAGGUCGAUAUCCUCGGAAGUGACUACCGGGAGGUUCUUCUAGAUUUGAUUGAUGCCGAUGCGCUACCGAGCGUGUUGGGAGGUGAAUGUCGGUGUGAUGAGGCAGGGGGGUGCCAUUUAAGUGGCGCUGGCCCUUGGUUAGAAGGCCGGAAAGGCUGGGGUCCCAAGGCUCAAACUGACAGUGAUGAUGAUAGUUCGACAGAUGUUGGUACGCCCAAUAGUGGGAAAUCUUUGGAAUCUUAAGAAUCUAUCCAUUCGCAGCUUGUAUAAUGGCUACUACGUUGCAUGUAUCAUAUACCAUAAAUCAUCAUAUUUGUACAUUACCAUCAAAAUCC